AUGGCACCAGUUCACGAUAUAUGCGCGCGUAUUCAAAAUGGAUUUUUAGCACGUCUAAAAAGUAUAGCUGUACCCGAUACAAAAAUGAAUCUUGCUAUUAGCAAGGUGCUCUACAAAGAAGGUUUCAUAUCGUCGGUAACACGUGGUGACCAUCUUCAACCCGAUAUUAGCUAUACACCCACAACCCCGGAAAAUAUAGCAACGCGUCGGUUAUGGCUUGACCUCAAAUACAGGGACAAUAAACCAGUUCUCACUAGAAUGCGUGUUGUCAGUAAAGGUUCAAGGAGAUUAUGGAUGAAACUCGAAGACUUUGUAUCUUUAUGCGGUGGUCGACGUGCAAGAUUCAUUGCACCAUUGCAGCCAGGCGAAAUUGCAAUUGUGAGCACAAACUUUGGGGUAAUAGAAAUGCGUGACGCUAUUGCUCUUAGAUCAGUUUGGCGUAUAACGAUAACUCCAGAACAAAAUUCUGAGACUUCGCUUGUAUUGAAAGACGAUGACUUCUUGAAAAACUUCCCUAUUUUAUCGAAUGGCGGCGUCUCUGAUGGACAGUUUCCUCCUGAACUGGAAGCGGCGUUGGAGGAUAAGGUCCAAACAGAACAAUAUGUGAACAAUCUGAAAAAAAAAAUGGAAGCUUGGAAAGCAGCUGGCUUAACUGAUGCCAUGAAGAGGGCUCUUGAAUUAUUGCACGACGGUAAUGGGAUGCCACCUGCUAAUAGCGGCGAUGACGAAGAUGAUACAGAUGCAAGUCCCGACGACGAACCUUCAACACCUACAACUGAAACACAAGAGUCACAUCCGCCACCGAAAAUAGCGGAAGGUUCAAUAUCACGUCUCGUCAAUGGCAUUUCAUCACUUGUGGAUAUAGAAAGUUGUUUUGAGACUCUGAGAAUUCCCGAGCUGGAUCUCCCAAUUACAGCAGAAAGUACAAUUAAGGCCAAACUUGCAGAGUUAUAUAAACUUCAAGAAGAUCUUCAAAUUCAUUUACAAGGUGGACCUUUAGCUGAGCCAUCAACACUUGGAGCUCAGCGUCGCAGAAAAGUUCAAGAUCUUCUUGACAGGGUUAUGAAAGAGGCUGCUUUAUAUGAAGAAUUUUCAAAUAAAGCACAACACUUAAGCCUAGAUCAAAUAUUAAACGAAUCAGAUGGAUCAAGUGAUGAGGAAUACGUAGAUUCUGAAACUCAAGAUACAGAAUCAGUAGGAAUUUUUGAGGAUUCACAAUCAGAUAUAUCACGCAGAUCAACCACGAGCACUUUAGCUACACCUAUGUCCCCGCCUUCUUUCAAAGCUCUUGAUUCCAGCCUUGCACGGCUUCGCUCUGCAUCUUCUAAUUCAAUCACAUCGAUGCAAUCACGCGCUCCUUCAUCUAGACAUUCACGUCCAUCGACACCUUCUCUAUUGGGCCUUGAGGAUAUAGGAUUAUCUGCACCACCAGAACCAUGGGAGGCAUUUCGAUGGAUUCCAUUAGAAGCAAUCUCUGAUCAACUUUAUUCUACUAAUUUUAGCAAAAAUUACGGACUUCCCACAGUCUUAGCGGUAAGCGGAGUAAUAGCUGUGGGUACCACACGCGGCUUAAUCUUAGUGUAUGAAGUGUAUGAGAAGAAUGAGAAAAAAGAGAAAAGAGAACAAAAUUUAAAAUGUCUUGGAACUACUGCAAAUGCUCUGGAACAUGGCGCCGUAACUUCGCUAUGUAUAUCAACCGAUCACACACAAAUUGUAAGUGGACAUGCACAAGGACAUAUUUUUAUAUGGGAUAUUUCUCGACCGCAUAAUCCCACAAGAACAAUAUUACCAAUUUCAACCGCAGUUGCUGCUGGUGGUCGAAAAGAGGGACAUAUUCGAGGAUCCUCAAUUUUACAUGUAGAUUUCGUGGGAGUUCGAAAAAACGGAAUAGUUUCCGGCGAUAAUCAUGGCAUGGUUUUUUAUCAUAAUUUAUAUAAAGUGAUGAUGGUAAAUGCGUCCGAAACUACCCGCAUACUUGGACGUUAUCCCGUUUCUACUUCUGGACCAGAAACUCCCGUAGCAUCAAAACCGCCUCGUCCAAGUGUCGUUUUUGGCCUAGCACCCUUACCAUUAGGACAAUCUCCACAUGGAUCUGAAGGAUUUGGACUUGUGGCUAUGCUGACUCCAUAUAAAAUGACAAUUGUUAGCACUAAGCCAACCAUACAACAACAAUAUAAGUACACUAAACCGAGAUAUCUUCCUGACUCAACAAAAUCGAUUUCGGGCUGUCUUGCAUGGUAUCCCGCAGUCAAAGUCAAACUAAAUGCAGUAGAGUCAAAUUUAGUGGAUACAGAUCCACUUCUUGCAUUCUCAUGGGGAAAUCAUUUGACGAUAAUUAAGGUAACAGUAGCUCAAUCUGAAACUCCAACAAAACGUCGUCGACAAGAUCGUGAAGUUCGUUUAGAAUUCACAAAAGUUGGAGAAUGGAAAAAUAAAAAUGGCAUAGUCGCCCUGCAAUGGUUAUCACAUCAUAUUUUAUUGAUUCUUACAAGUACAGAAGAUAUAAUCGUAUUUGAUCCGAGGACUAUGGAAGAAAGUGAACAAAAUAAUAUAAGACGAAAAUCAUUAGUAUAUCAUGAUCGGUUUGCAGCUCCCUUAAAAGAUAUGCCUGAAAUUUCAAAUAUAUCUAAUGAAAAUAAAUUGACUGUAGAUUUAGCCUAUUAUCAUAGUAUUCGAGUAUAUAAGGGUGCAGUAUUUUUAUUGGGGGUGCGGCAAUUAUUCAUUGGCACAUUAUUGUCUUGGGCAGACCGUAUUUUGGCCCAUUUUUCAUCGGGUGACUUACUUCAAGCCAUUGCGUUGGCUACUUCAUUCUAUAAUGGAACAUCAUCCCAAACAAUAUUGGGAUUACCCGAUGAUGAGGAAAGUCGACAUGCAAUUGUAGGAGAAAAACUUAUGGAACUUUUGGUUGCCUCCUUAAAUUACGCAUUUCCAGCUGAACCAACUGAAAGAACAUUUCAAAACAUGAUUGAUGUGGAUGAAUUGGCCGUAAAAUGUGUCGAAGCUUGUCUUAGUAUGCAUAAAGAAGAAUUUCUUUUUACCGAGGUAUAUGAACGAUAUUCUAGUGCCUUAGCAACUAGUACAUUGCUCGAGGUUCUCGAACCAUAUAUCAUAGGGGAUAAAAUAAGAGAUUUACCACCGGAAAUUAUGAAAAAUCUUGUUUCUCAUUAUAGUGAAAAACGUAUGCUCGCUCGUGUAGAAGAAUGUAUAUUUCAUAUUAAUCCACAAUGCUUGGAUAUUGACCAAGUUGUGCAACUUUGCUCUAGCAAGGGAUUAUACGACGCUUAUAUAUACGUAUUUAAUCGCUCUAUGGUUGACUAUGUGAGUCCUGCUGUUGAACUCUUGGAUUUAAUUCGAAAAAUAUUAAUCUUAGAGAAGCGUAAACGUCGAAAGCAUCGUCUUUCGAUCAGCGUCGCCUCCGAUAGUAAUGGCCUGGAAACAGAAGAUUUGGAAAGGAUGAGAGCGAAUGCUCGCAAAUUCUAUGUUUAUUUAAAGAACAUUCUUACUGGUCGUACCUAUCCAAACGGUGCUCCACUAAACGAAAACGAGGCAAAUGAAGCUCGCACCAUGUUAUACUCUUUUGUAUUCUCGGGGCGAUGCGUAGUUUGGCCCAGACAUGGUGGAAAUCUCGUAUUGACCGCGGAAGAUGCAUUACACGGUGCAGAACCAACAUAUCCUUAUUUACGGCUUUUCCUCCGAUUUGACACUCAUGCUUUUCUAGAAGCCUUGGAAUGUGCAUUUGAAGAUUCAUAUCUAAACGGAAUUGAGAUAAUUACGAGUAAUGAUGAACAUGAUAGAGAAGAAGAAGUUCCAGGAAAAAUAAUUAAUCGACAAUUACUAGUCAAUAUAUUACUUGAAGUAAUGACAUCAUCUUCUACAGAACAUUCAGAGUUCACUACGUCGGACAUUUCUUAUCUAUAUUGUUUUGUGGCAAGGAAUUUGCCUAAAUAUACACAAUUUCUUUUAUUACCACCAUCGACUAUUAAGAAGAUAUUAGUCAAACUCAGCAUGGACAAUGAUCCUCGUACACGUGAAGAACGUCAGUUUGCAGUUGAAUGUUUGCUUUCGAUUUAUACGCCCGAGGAUGAAGAGCAAAUGGUGGUUCUUUAUGAAAAUGCGGGUUUUUGGCGUGUUCUAGAGCAUGUAUAUAAAGCUGAUAAAAAAUACGAUUUAUUGGUUACAACUUAUUUAAAAGACGCGGAUCGAAAAAAAGAAGUUUUUGAUUGCAUUCGAGCUCUGUUAGAUCCUCAAAGUGAACUCACUUCACAUCAACGUGACGAAGUUUCCGCUAAAGUUAUGUCAAUGAUUGACGAUAUUGUUGAUAUCGAUGGCGAACGUACUGCUCAACUGAUUCAUACUUAUUUUGACGGCGAUCAUCAAAGAGUAAUAGCGAACUUGGAAUCAUCACCUGUUCGCUUGUUCACCUACCUAAGAGGGUUGCUUGAGCCACAAGAUUCCACAUCGACCGACGAUAAUUUACAGACCGUUGAUGAUCAAAUUAAUGCCACCGAAUUCAAACCUCAAAUUGGCCCGGAAAUACACGAAAAAUAUAUUGCUCUAAUGUGUAAAUUCGAUCCAACCGGCGUAUAUCAUUAUUUACAAACACAUCAAGAUAAUACUUAUAUACUUGAUGAUGUGCUUCCUAUAUGUGAAACUGCUGGUAUUGUAGACUCAGUUGUAUGGUUAUUGGAAAGAAAAGGUGAUGCGUUAGGUGCUCUUGAUAGAGUAUUAAAGAUUGUCCAAGAAAAAAAAGACGAUAUUCUUCAGUUGAUUGAGGAUAAAAAAAAUUCCAAAAAUGAUCGAUGGACAGUUCAAGAAAAAACUAAAGUAGAUCAAUCGUUAAUGAAACUAAAAGGUGUUCUUAAAAUAGGAAUAAUGUUAUGCGAAAACAGUUGUCGACGUGCCACUUUAGCCAGUUGCGUCGGUGAGUCCAGUUCAUCUCCAAUUAUACCUUUGCCUAAUCGUGCAAAUGAAAGUGAGACUGAACUACUUUGGUUCAAGCUUCUCGAUGCAUUUUUGGAUGCCACAAAAGCAGUUUCGUCAAAUUUAUCAACACAGUUUCCACCUUUACUACCCGAGAGAAUAAUGGCCAAUGGACAGGUUUCUUCAUUUGGGAUGCCACGAUUACCUGUACCCACCCACAUCGCGAAUCAUCUUAUGACCACAUUUAAAUCCUAUGUUCAGUCCAUCAUGAGAUCAUUGCUGUUGUCGACCUCCAAGGAUGUUUCUUUGCCGCGGCUCCUCCUACGGUUUAUUCAAUCACAGUCAAAGAGGAAUAGCACAGUUGCAGACUUUCGGGAAAUUUUCGUUGGCAUGAUUGAUACAUACAAAUAUGAAGGUCAGUUGCUAGCUAUGACCAACCGACUAUUUGAAAAGGACUUGUUCUGGGGUGUAGCAGGUGUUGUACGACAACGUGGUAAAGGAUGGCGUCCUCGAAGGGGGACUUGUGAGGUCUGUGGGGGUCAGUUCUGGGGAACGGAUCUAACCCCACUGACCCUCCGUACAACAUCUGGUUGGGGUUCAGCCGAAAAGAAAAUGCCCCAUUCAUCCCAUAUAUCAACCAAUGCAACUAUUGCAGAUCUCAUUCCAAAUUUAGAGGCUGCGGCAGCGGAGGAUGACUCUGAACGGUCUGAAAUCUCUAACGAAGCAUCCACAACCAAGAUGACCACUACAGAAGAAACAAUAGCAGUGAAUACUACGGCGGUUACUCAAGAAAAUGACCUGCUUUUGUUCCGAUGUGGCCACGGAUACCAUCGAAGAUGUCUCGAAACCGAAUAUACGAACGGUGAUACUGAAAAUGAACCUCCGGAAACAAAGUGCACUGUUUGUCAAACAGAAAAACGUGGUGAGAUAAGGACCCGCAUACAAGAUUUUUCUAAACAUGGCACAAUUGACCGUUUUAUAGGAUCGAGUAAGGGAAAAGAGAAAAAUGUGAGUUUAUCAUAG